AUGUCUCAUAAAUGGGGAUACGGACCGUCUAACGGCCCUGACAAAUGGGAAGAAGGUUACCCAAUCGCCAACGGACCCAGACAGUCUCCCAUCAACAUCGUCCCAAAGGAAGCCCAGUUUUCUCCUUCCCUCAAGCCUCUCAAACUUAAAUAUGACCCGUCCAACUCCUUGAGCAUUCUCAACAACGGGCACUCUUUCCAGGUGGACUAUUUGGAUGACGUCGAUUCUUCUACUCUUACUGGAGGUCCUAUUUCUGGAACUUACCGUCUGAAGCAGUUUCACUUCCAUUGGGGAGCCAGUGAUGAAAGAGGUUCUGAGCAUACCGUCAAUGGCAUCAAGUUCCCCUGUGAGCUUCACCUGGUGCACUGGAACACCAAAUAUCCCAGCUUCGGAGAGGCGGCCAGUCAACCCGAUGGACUCGCUGUGGUCGGGGUCUUACUCAAGAUUGGUGCUGCCAACCCCAAACUGCAGAAAGUGUUGGAUGGCUUGGAUGCCAUUAAAACAAAGGGAACGCAGACCACCUUUCCUAACUUUAACCCCGAGAGUCUCCUUCCCGUCUCACUGGAUUAUUGGACAUACGAUGGCUCUCUGACCACACCGCCUCUUUUGGAGAGCGUCACAUGGAUCGUUCUCAAGGAACCUAUCAGUGUCAGCCCUGCACAGAUGGCCAUGUUCCGCAGCCUGCUGUUCAGCGGAAAAGGAGAGGAGGAGUGCUGCAUGGCAGACAACUACCGGCCUCCGCAGCCAUUGAAGGGCCGGCAGGUCCGCGCCUCCUUCAGAUAA